UGACAGUCGGGCUCGGCGGCCGCCGCGGGCGCAUCCACCGGGCAGUGCCCGCCGCCCGGCGCCCACCUGCGGCGGCGGCUGCUGCCGCUCCCGGGGGCCGCCGCCUCCUCCUCCCCUUCCUCCUCCUCCUCCUCCUCCUCCGCUCCAGGAUGAGCCCGGAGUACUCGCUGCGCUCCUUGCUGCUCAUCAUCCUCGCCACCUUCUCCGCCAACGCCAGCAACUGGCUGUACCUGGCGAAGCUCUCUUCGGUGGGGAGCAUUUCUGAGGAAGAGACCUGCGAGAAGCUGAAGGGCUUGAUCCAGCGGCAGGUGCAGAUGUGCAAGAGGAACCUGGAGGUGAUGGACUCGGUGCGGCGUGGCGCCCAGCUGGCCAUUGAGGAGUGCCAGUACCAGUUCCGCAACCGCCGCUGGAACUGCUCCACGCUGGACACGCUGCCCGUUUUCGGGAAGGUGGUGACACAAGGGACCCGGGAGGCAGCCUUCGUCUACGCCAUCUCUUCAGCAGGGGUGGCCUUUGCAGUGACCCGGGCCUGCAGCAGUGGUGAGCUGGACAAGUGCGGCUGCGACCGCACGGUGCAAGGGGGCAGCCCGCAGGGCUUCCAGUGGUCAGGCUGCUCCGACAACAUCGCCUACGGUGUGGCCUUCUCACAGUCCUUUGUCGACGUCCGCGAGAGGAGCAAAGGCGCCUCUUCCAACCGGGCGCUCAUGAACCUCCACAACAACGAGGCCGGGAGGAAGGCCAUCCUCAACAACAUGCGAGUGGAGUGCAAGUGCCAUGGCGUGUCGGGCUCGUGUGAGUUCAAGACAUGCUGGAAAGCCAUGCCACCCUUCCGCAAAGUGGGCAACGUGCUGAAAGAGAAAUUUGACGGCGCCACAGAGGUCGAGCAGAGCGAAGUGGGCUCCACCAAGGUGCUGGUGCCCAAGAACUCCCAGUUCAAGCCGCACACGGACGAGGACCUUGUCUAUCUGGACUCCAGCCCCGACUUUUGUGACCAUGACCUCAAGAACGGCGUGCUGGGCACCAGCGGGCGCCAGUGCAACAAGACCUCCAAGGCCAUCGAUGGCUGUGAGCUCAUGUGCUGCGGCAGGGGCUUUCACACGGACGAGGUGGAGGUGGUGGAACGGUGCAGCUGCAAGUUUCACUGGUGCUGCUCCGUCAAGUGCAAACCCUGCCAGCGGCUGGUGGAAAUCCAUACGUGCCGGUGAUGCCCGGCGGGGAGCAGCCAGGCCGGCCCUAACCUCCUCUAACUGACCCUGCUUCUUUUCCCUCAUCCUGCGGCCAGGACUGGAGGAAGCAACCCAGACGCCGCAAGGA